GAUGUCGUCAUGCUGUUGCUCAGAUUUGACGUGUCCGUGGGAACAGGUAACAAGAUCUGCAAAGUUCGUCGAGGAAGCGAUUUACGAGGGACAGGACCAAGACGAGGGGUUUGCCUCAGUUCCAACAAGAAUGGAUAUUGCACUUUUAAAAGAACAAUACAACUGGAUAAAAGAGAAGCAACGGAACGAAACCCGUGUGGUUAUGUUCAAAAAAGCAGCAUCAAACAAAGAGGAGAUUAGUGGCAAAUCUCUCAUCAGUGUGGUUCCCAUGUGCCAGUCCAAUGAGAGUGUUGUAAGGCACAAGCCUAGCCGGGAGGUAGAGUUUGAUUUUGUCAGGGACCCGGAGCGGGCUCCUUGGCGGACUCAUUUGGGUUUGCAUCGAAUGGCCAGCACAAACAACUGUAUCGAACUGCAACAGCAACCCGACAAUGUAGCGGCUAAUCAGAACUCUGCGCAAAUAGACAGCCUCUCUAGUGAUCGCUCAGAGUCAAAUACAGACUCCAGCGACAAGCUCUCCCUCAGUUCUGAGGAUCCAAAGAGUGACUACAGUCUGGAAAGCAGAACGGAAGAGAAUCCUGAUCCCACAAGCUCCAGAAAACUGUCGGCACCAGCGGUUCUGUCCAGACAGCGGAGUUUUGGUGGAUACAAGGCCUCGCACAUUCCCAUGAGCCCUAUUCAUUACCCCUUCCCACAUCUUAAAUGCCCAAAGAAAUCAGAGGCAGCCCGGAGGCUUGGGAUGUAUUCGUCGUUUUAACGGAGAAGCUGGGAUGAGAGAGAAAGGACACAUAGUUGUGCAGUUCACUCUUGACACCCAUAUUAGUUUUUGCUGAUAUUAUGAUAGUGUUCGUGGAACAUAGAUCCUCAGACAUUGGAACCGAUCCGUUUGAGGGGGAAAAAACCAAACAAAUUUGAGUAAUAUUUUCUUUGGCUGAAAUAUUUGUGGUGUUAUGACAAAAUCAUCGUUAAAACUGCAAUAUUUUGAAGUCAUAGCCGAUUAUGCGGGCGUGUAGGCUGUGUGAGCAGAAUUCUGUUUUUGCUGUACACUUCUGAUUUAUCGUCCUAAACUCUUCACGCCGACCGCAGCAUGCACAAACAGCAUGUUAACCAUGGAGACUCCUUCAGGUUAUUGUAUAAUUUUUAACAUCUUUCACGCUUACAUUAGUUUCAUGAAUGUGGACCACAAUCAGCCCAGGAUUAGCAAGCCACAUUUAGCAAAAUUAUGUGAUGGGAAUGCCUUGUUCUUACAGUAUUUGCUUCACAUUGUAACAAAUUCAACCAAUUCUUGCUCUGUAUUCUGUCCUGUAACUGUAAUCAACAGAACACGUGGUGUAUGAAUCUCUCUUUUGAAAAAUGCCUACUGCUUUUAAG